CUUUUCAAAUGAUUGGAGCUUGUGUGGAAACAGUGGUUCAGGUAGAAGACUGGAGAUAGAAUUACAGGAAAGGUGACAGAGAGAGAUAAAAUGAAGUCUUAAAAGCACCUAUAGAAAUACGGAGGAUCAUCCAACUUAAAACAUACAGUACACUGUGCUAUUGCCAUGGAGACGGUGGUUAUCGUGGCAAUUGGAGUCCUUGCAACAAUAUUCCUGGCAUCAUUUGUGGCUCUUGUGGUUGUCUGUAGACAUCGAUACUGCCAGCCCAGCAAUCUAUUGCACCAGUUUGACUCAAAACCAACAGUGGACCUGAUUGGAGCAAUGGAGACCCAGAGCGAGCCCUCAGAACUGGAACUGGAUGACGUUGUUAUCACCAACCCUCACAUUGAGGCAAUCCUGGAAAAUGAAGAGUGGAUAGAGGAUGCUUCGGGCUUGGUGUCACAUUGCAUUGAAAUUCUCAAGAUAUGUCAUACUCUAACUGAGAAACUUGUUGCCAUGACGAUGGGAUCAGGGGCAAAGAUCAAAUCGCCAGCCAGGCUGAGUGACAUUAUUGUGGUAGCAAAGAGGAUUAGCCCAAGGGUGGACGAUGUUGUGAGAUCGAUGUACCCUCCACUGGAUCCCAAGCUCCUGGAUGCUAGAACCACUGCCCUCUUGCUCUCUGUCAGCCAUCUUGUAUUGGUUACGAGGAAUGCCUGUCACAUGACUGGAAGCUUCGACUGGAUUGACCAAUCACUCUCCUCAGCCGAGGAACAUAUGUCAGUGCUAAGGGAGGCAGCUCUGGCAAGUGAGUCUGAGAGAAACCUCAUGGGUUGUGACAACUUCUGCCAGGAGCAGUCUGCAAUUUAGCCCCAAGGCUGGGUUGACAAUGGAGUAGAAGACAGCAUGGACUCUCCCAGCUCAAAUAGCUCAAUUUUAACUUAGAACUAUUCUAUAAACAUCAUAGCAUGGCUUAAUCAUUCUCUGAAGUGUUUUACUUAAAGUUAAUGAAGACUGUGUUCUACUGUUGACUUUUGGACAUGAAAUUAAUCAUAGUCCUUGAUUCUACUUGAUUUUUUAUUACUGUUUAUGAAAAAUUUAUUAAGAGCAUUUUUGAUAACUGUAUCUUUACAUUCCAAUCAAUCUCAUGUUUCUGCUUAUUGCUUUUACUACCUUACUUACAAUCUAUCGUCUCUUUGCUGACUGUAUAUAUUCCUAGAAAUAUCAUUUUCUCAUAUUGCCUUCCUAAAGUUAAAAGUUGCAGAGAACAAUUACAAAGAUGUUGCUGGCUCUGGAGGACCUAAGUUUUUGAUGUUUGAGUAGUUCGGAUAGGUGCGUAGAUAGUAGGGAUUUGGAGGGCUAUGGUCCCGGUGCAGGUCGUUGGGGGUAGGCAGUUUAAAUGGUUUCAGCAUGGACUAGAUGGGCCAAAGGAUCUGCUUCUGUGCUGUAUUUCUCUUUGACUCUAUGAUUAAAUUAGUAAUGAAAUAUAAAGUCCUAAAAUGAGAGAGUGAUCUUUCCGUAGUUUAUUAGGUAGUGGCUGUGAGUGGUUUACAUUGAACAGGAUAAUUGUAAACUACUUGAAUCUCUCCUUGAUAAUGAGUAGAGAGUUUACUUGCCAUCUGAUGUCCCAAGAUUCCUUGAAACUCUGUAAAGGAUUUUAAUUGAUUUGGAAAUUUCUCACAAUUAUUAGUGGCAUGAAACAUGUAUUACAGGUUUGUGUUGAGAUUGGACCACAAAAUGUUAACAGAGAGUAUGAGCAAGUGAACUGGUUUGUGAAUGUUGUGUUGAUGGAAGGCAAAAGUAGGAAAGUCUUGUCACAAGGGCAAUAGGUGUUGAGAUCACACCAGGGAACAAUCCAUUUGGAUUUGGUCAAUGAAAGACAUAUUUUGCAGCUGGUGGAACAAAGAUAUGCCAGGGUGAUUCCUGAGAUAAGUGAAUUGACAACUGUAUGGUGUUUAUGUGGAAUGGUGCUUAUAUUUUCUGGAGUUUAUAAGAACUACAGGGGAUUUAUUUUAAAAAUAAUGUAGCUUGCCAGGAUAGCUCCUCUUAUGCUGGGGGAACGUAAAACUAGGCGCCAUCGCUUCAGAACAUUAGUCUGGCAGUUGAGGUUAAAAAAAAAGAUGAUUUGUCAGAAGUUGGAGUAUCUUGGAAAUUCUUUAUCCAGGGAACUGUGGAUAUUGAAUUAUUAAAUGUAUUCAUGGCUGACGUAGAUUGAUUUUUGACAUAGGAAACCAGGGCUAUUGAAACUGACAAAAACAAAAUGGAGGUAAAACUCUCAAAAUCCAAAGCCCAGAACAGUCAGUGUCAUACUGAAUUGUGGAGCAAGUAGAAGAUGCAGAAUGGCUUACUUCUACUCCAAUUAUUUAUGUUUUUACCUGCUCACUGCUUUUAACAAAGAUGAUAUUCUGUUUAUUUUAAACAAAGUGGCAAGAUAGCAGAUCUGAGGCUGGAAUUUUAUUCAACCAAUAUGUGAGUAAUAUCAUAAGGUGCAAUUUCUAAUCAUAUAUGUUAAAAAGGUAAGGCAAGGCUAAAGAGGAAAUCAAAGAACCUCAAGUCAUGCAUGAUUCUCCCAGCUGUUCUCCAUUUUAUAUUUGUGGGAGCUAACUUUUCAUUCUUGAACUUUGUACUGCAACUAAUGUAUUCUAAUCUGAGAAGGAGUCUGUGAUAUUUAUUCUGAGACAAUAGUUAAUAUAGGAUCUGCCCUCAAUUACAGCACCAUCAAUUAAUAGGUGUUCCAAUUGUUUAAAAGUAUGAAAGUGGGAGCAAUUAGAGCCAAUUGGUAAUCUGUUUAAUGUCCUGCUAAUGGGCACAAGUACCUGAAAUGCUAUUGUUCUUAAACCUAAUAUGUACACCUUAUUAAUGUGUGUAUUUUAACUCAUUGGUAUGGCAAUUGGAGCAACCAAGUACACUAUUUAUUGGCCAUUUGGAAUUUUCCUUGCGAGGUGGUGGUAAAUUGCCUUCUUGAACUACAGCAGUCUUUCUGGUGAAGGUAGUCCCAUGGCCCUGUUGGGUAGGGAGUGCUGGGAUGUAGACUUGGUGACAGUGAAGGUAAUGGCUGCAUGCAGUGAAAAUACUCCUGCCUUUCGUAUGGUGAAAGUGAUUGGGUAAUACCAUUCAAUUAGAUAUCAAUUAGCCUCCCAAGUUGGCUUGAGUGAUUGAAAUUGAAUUUGUGCACCAAAAAAACUAUUAAUUGUCCUCCACACUGUAUUUUUUCACCCCGUUUGUCUUGGUAAAAGCUGCUGGUCAUUUCCAUUUUCUUCUAAUAGAUAUCUUUUUCCCCCAGAAUAUAUCAACUUUGGUGCAUAAAGGAUUCCUGUAAGGUCUAAAUAAUUUUUUUUCCAAUCCAGUUAAUAAAAAAUGCUGCAAUUUUAUGGUACCUUCUGUAAUCCAUAAUGCCCCAAAAUGCUUCACAGCCAAUGAAGUACUGUUGAAGUUCACUAUGUAUUGGAGUAACACACAACAAGCUCUCAAUACAGCACUGUGAUAAAGAUUAGAUACAUUCCUAGGCAGAACAAAGGAUAUUUCACACCUUUGGUACUCCAGAUAUGUGCCUCGGGAUGUUUACAUCCAAUGAAAAGAAGGGGCAAUACGUUAUUUGUAAUGCCUCAUCCAAAAGCUGGCAAGUCCACUAGUGCAUCUCGCAGGUCAGCACUGCACUGAGAUGAGCCUAGACAUUUGUACCCAAGUCUCUGCUCAGGCCUUCCUUUCUGCAUUCUGACUCCCUUUCUAUGCACAAUGAAACAACUUAAAUGAAAGGAACACAGUUUAACUCAAGACCACUGGCACAGAAAGUGGUUUACAUCUACAGGCUGGGAUCAUAAGAUCUCCAUAAAAUGGGGUAGAGCCAGUUAAAAAGUGAGUGUCAGCAUUUCAGCUUCCUUUUUGGGAUAGCUCAACUCUCAGACUAAGUGGUGACACAGAACUUUGGAGAAAGGUUCAGUGGGGAAAGAUUUGCAAUGGGUUUGCGUGGUGAAAAUCUUGAUUCAACUUAUAAUACCAAAUAAUAACCAUUAAAUGGAAUGAGUUGCCAGAGGAAAUGGUUGAAGCAAGGAGAUUGCCAACAUUUAAAAGAUAUUUGGGCAGGUACACAGAUAAGAAAGGUUUAAAGAGAUAUGGACCAACGUAGGGAUGGCUUAAAUGGGGAUCUUGCUUGACCUGGAGCAAUUAGGCUGACCAUUUCCAUGCUCUAUAACUCUAUAUGUCCAUUCCAAUCAAAAAUUAUAAUUUGAAUAUAGGUUAUUGCAUAAAUAGAACAUCAACUUAUGUUCUAACAUGAGGAGCUUUUGAUGGCUCGGGGUCUGAGCUCACUGGAGUUUAGAAGAAUGAGGGGGAGGAUCUCAUUGAAACUUAUUGAAUAUUGAAAGGCCUAGACAGAAAGGAUGUGGAAAGGAUAUUUCCUGUAGCGGGGGAGUCUAGGACCAGAGGGCACAGCCUUAGAAACGAGGGACAUCCAUUUAGAACAGAGAUUAAGAGGAAUUUCUUUAGCCAGAGGAUGGUGAUUCGGUGGAAUUUAUGAUUAGUAAGGAUGUCAAAGAUUACAGGGAGAAGGCAGGACAAUGGGGUUGAGAGGGAUAAUAAAUCUGCCAUGGUGGAAUGGUAGAACAGACUUGAUGGGCUAAAUGGCCUAAUUCUGCUACAAUAUCUUGUCAUGGAAGAGACCCACAAACAAGAGGAACACUAAUAAGUUAAGGAAAAGAAACUAUAUAAAGCACUUAUCAAUGUUUUUUGCACUCCAAGCUGGGUUUGCCUCCGUCUUCAUUUCCCAGCCAAUCCUUGUGUUACAUUAAAUUUUGUUCACACUUGCUUGAUUUUAUCUUCUGAUCUUUCUCAUGCUCUCUUCAUUCUUCCCAGAACAGAGACAUAGAAAUGUUGACUGAGUAGGUUGAAAGGUCGGCACACUGUGGCCCAAAGGGCCUGUACUGUUCUAUGUUCUAAUCCUCUGCCAGGGUAAACGAAGUUAACAGUAACUGGCCCUUAAUCUGAUCUGAAUAAUUGUGAAGUUUUGUGCUUUGACUGGGUCUUGGGGUGUAGUGUUUGUUUUUUUUUAAAUUGCUUACAGUUGUGUAUUUUGCCCAUAAAGACUGGCAUAUGUUAUGCUUCUCAGUUGGUUCCUGAAUUGAAUGACUUGUUUGGCCAGUUCAGAGUGGAAUCGACUUUCAACCACUCUGCCAUUCUGAAGUUAUACUGAGGCCAGACUGGGUAAUUUAAUAGAUUUUCUCCCCUGAAGAACAUAAGUGUAAACCAAUUAGACAUUUGAAAAACUUGGUAAAUUUGCUUCCAUCACAGUCCUGAAUUAUUUAAGAUUAAAAAAUCCUCAGCUGCCUUGAUAAAAUUUAAGCUUGUAUCAAUGAUUGAGCACCUGGACACAAGUCUGAAGGGCAAUCACUAUGCUAAUAGGGACAGUAUCUGUCCAUUUAAAAAUUAUUAAAUACCUGACCACAUCUUCAUAUUUGAAAUACUUGUGACAAGGUUAAAUAUCUGAAGAUUUUUCUAAACUGGCAAAGCACUAUGCUGUGUUCCGUUUGAUAGCCGAAUGCUUGUCACCAAUGGUUCGGGAUGUGGAUGGACUAGGAGUUCUUGGUUUCUUGAGUGACCAAUAGCAAAAGUGUAGAAUUCAAACCUGUACCAUUUUAUCAAACUCAUUUGGUUGUUGAAGGUUACAUGGACAAAGCACGGAGGAAAUUAAACUCCAAACUUU